UUUAAAAGUGCCGUUGCAGCGGGAUGUACCGGCGUGAACCACUGCAACUUCGUGCUCUAUGAGGACUACCCUCCCGCCAAAAGCUGGUCUCCGGGGGCUGUGUUUAUUAAAUACGCUUGUUUUGAUGACACAUUAUCAGUCCACUACUGCAACCGGGAGGUGGUGGUCCCGGAGGUCGGUGCCGACAGCGAGGGGUACAUCCGGACCCCCGGCUACCCUCACUUCUACGUCGGGGACGAGUGCCGCUGGCGGCUUAGGGUUAACCCCGAGCAGAGGGUUAGGGUCACCCUUCUUGAUGUUAGCUUGAGAAGCAUCGGUCCAUUUGAGAACCACUGCACGGACCACGUGAGUGUGUCUGAUCUGAACGGAGACUCCCUCUUGUCUUCGUGUGAGCAGGUGGAACUGCCUCUGAAGCUGACAUCCGUGACCAAUGUGGUGGAUGUGUUAGUCGAAGCGAAAUCCAAAGGCGCUUACCCCAAGAGAGGGGUGCUGUUGCAUUAUAAAAGUAUAGGUUGUGUAACGUUACCAGCGCCAUCUAACGGCUACCUUGUGUACCGCAACGAAGACGUGGCGCACUACAUGUGCGAUGUGAACUUUGUUUUCAUCGACACGCGACAGAGGGCGCGAUUAUUAUGGUGCUAUGAUGACAAUAGGUGGAAUGAUACAGUGCCUUUGUGUGUCGGUAAGUUAAAUAAUUCAUAUUUUGUUUUGUUGGAACUUUAUAGUUUUUUUGCAUUUACCAUUGCUAACUCCUUAUUGUUUAAGCAAAAUAAAGUAUUCCGUAGGUAAACAAAACAAGGUGAUUGUAGAGUUCGCAUGUGAAAACUAGAGUUGCAUAAAGAAAUUUCAAAGUUUAUAGUUCUGCAUUUGCAAGGUAAUACGAUACUUUGCCAAACUUUUUACAUAUAAUUAACCUUUUUUUGUUCAGCCAGUGUAAUCAUCGAAAUCUUUAACUCAACUGACUCUAGAAAUUAAAAAAAGCUAGUUGAAGAAAAACUCUAUUGAAAGCAACAAAGUACAUUCAAUCACUUCCAGGAACUUCCCAUAACCUUGCAAUUUAAAACCAGACACCAUAAAAUACCAUAGUGUAGCGUCAAACUUGUCAAUAACAAUAAACGCUUCCAAUAAAAACUUCUUUGAAUCAUUUUGAAGUCUUCGUGGGGAAGCGUGCAGAGCACAUGCGCGUAUUUCACAUCACCCCUCCCUUUUACACAACCCACACAACCCUAGUUAAAUAGAGACGACAAUAUUCACUGCAGUCGCGACAUGAUUAUUUACAAUCAAAAAUUUGACAUCAAAUUUUGACUUUAACUGCAUAGAAAUAAAGAUCAAAUUUGAUUGUCAUUAGCUGUUAUUAUUUUCAUCGUCAACUAAAGGGCUUCACAUCACUUCAGUGAUCAGUCGCUCGCGUUCUAGUAAAUAGGAUAUUCGUUCUUCGGUCGCCGUCGAGUACGUUCGGAGAGUUCGAAAUUCGAAUUACGAAUUUGUUCGUAACACGUGCUUUU